AUGGUUAGAACACGAGGUUUAGGUCGUGCUUUAGCUAGAGUUAUAGGGCGAGGUAGACAAGAUGAACAUAUUGCAGUUGAUGAGGGUGUUCCUCAGGUGACUAAGGAUGUUCCUCAUAUGGCGGAGGAUGUUCCUCAAAUGACUGAGGAUGUCCCUCAUAUGGUUGACGAUGUUCCUCAAAUGAGUGAAGAUGCACCUCAAAUGACUGCGGACGUAGAUGCGACUAUUGCAGAGGACUUAGGUCGUGAUGGUGUUGAGGGGUCACAUGCUGAUGAGGGAUUCCCUGGUGGGCCCCGUGACCCAUCAGUUCUUACUUCAUUUGCGGAGCAUGUCGCACAUGCCAUUUGGACUGGACAGGAGCAUCCUGAGCCGAAUUUGGUGUCACACGGGAGGAAGGUGGCGUUAAUUGGGAGGCUAGUGCCUGAGAUUAAAGGGCUGGUUGCCGCCACAAGAUUAAGUUCAUUGAUCGGAUGUUUAGUUGUAACUGGCGAUCUUGGACUUAUAUCCACAUUUGUGGAGAUGUGGCACAGGGAGACCAACACCUUCCACCUUCCAGCAGGAGAGUUGACAAUCACACUAGAUGAUGUGUCGUCACUCCUCCAUCUCCCUAUCAGUGGCGCCUUCCACAACUUCGAGGCUCUUUCCGUGGACGAGACAAUAUUUUUGUUGAUGGAAUUGUUCGAGGUGUUCGAUUAG